CUGACUACCAUUACCAGAACCUUGCCUGACGUCAAACUAUAUCAACUCCGUGAUGCAGACCCUUUAAGUACCUUUACGAAAGAUUCGACUGUUUUGAUUGGCGAUGCAGCCCACCCUAUGGUGCCGUAUCAAGGACAAGGAGCCAACCAAGCUUUGGAAGAUGCUGAAGCAUUCAGAAUUCUAGUUCACCCAGACUUCACACAAGAGAAUUUGCCCGGUAAGCUGAAGCAAUGGAACCAAGCCAGGUGUAGCCGCGCAUCCCAGGUUCAGCUGAACUCAAGAGUAGCGGCAGCUAAAGUUUCGCCUGAGAUUAUCAUGCAAAGGAUGAAAUUCAACUGGACUUACGACGGGAUCGCAACCUCUCCGGCGGGCCUUGGGAGCAUCAAUGAUCUUCCAAGUUCCGACUUUUCUAGAUGA